AUGUUCAAUAAAGUUGGAAAUAAAGAAAAUAAAUAUACUUUGAAGACUGAUGAAUCGAAUAUUGAAGAGUUACCACAUAUUACAAAAAUCAAAAGUGAUCAUUUAGAACAAUUAAUAUUUAAUGCUAAAUUAUAUACAGAGAAUCAAAAUCUUGAUCAAAUGAAAAAAUUUUUGAUUAUGAAUUAUAAAAAAUUCAAUGAUUUGUAAAAUACCAUAGAAUAGCUUGAAUCUGAAUUAGAAUAAUUGAAUAAAUAAGAAUCAUAAUUUGAAAAUUAAUAUUAAGAAAAAAAUUAAGAGAAUGAAUUCCAAAUGCUUUAAUAAAAUUUAGAAGCAUUAUAAAAGGAAGAAUAAUAAUAUUAACAACAAAUAAAACAAAAAUAAUUAUAAUUGCAGCAUUAAAUGUUUUAUAGAGAAUAUUAAUAUAUGUAAUAAGAGAAACAAGGUUUGAUAGCUUAAAAUGCAAAAUUACUUUAAUAAAAAUAAUCUACUCAUAGUUGA